GUUUGUUGACAAUGGUUGUGAAGUCUUUAUAAUCCAAUUGCCCUCUUCUGAUCCACUAAGUUCAAUCAAAAUACGGAAGAAGAACGUAAAAUCCGAAAAAAGAUGCAGGUUCUUUCAGCCUUUACAUCCAUUCUGAUGUUUAGGUUUAUUGUCUCGGUGUCAUGCACGAAGCACAUAGUUAAGUCCAACACGUUGUGCCCGCCAGAGUAUCCGGAACAUGGCAUUCCGGUACAUGAAGGAGAUAUAGAUUUGAUGCAGUUUCCAGAGAAUCUAGAGCACUUGGAAGCAGACUAUUUUCUCUGGAGCGCCCUCGGCUAUGGACUAGACCACGUUGCACCAGAGCUGGUGAUGGGCGGCCCUCCACCAAUCGGUGCUCAGAAAGCCAAUCUUGAUUUCCUCACAAGGCAAAUCAUUGAAGAAUUUGGCUAUCAAGAAGUUGGCCACCUAAGAGCCCUCAAGACAACCGUAGGAGGAUUUCCUAGGCCUUUGAUGGACCUUAGUGCCAAAAACUUUGCAAAGGUAUUCGAUGAAGCGUUUGGCUACAAGUUGGUGCCGCCUUUCGACCCUUACCGUAAUAGCCUCAGCUAUAUGUUGGCUUCUUAUGUAAUUCCAUAUGUUGGAUUGCUGGGGUACGUGGGCACAAACCCGUUCCUCAUCGGGUAUAUUCCAAAACAUGUUUUGGCAGGACUGUUGGGGGUGGAAGCAGGGCAAGAUGCAAUUAUAAGACAUUACCUCUACGAGCGGGCAGCAAAGGUGGUGCAUCCAUACAAUCACACAGUCGCGGUGUUCACGAUUCAAAUCUCUAAGCUGAGAAACCGACUGGCAAUGUGCGGAAUAAGAGAUGAAGGCAUCAUUGUGCCUCCAUGUCUCGGGGCAGAGAAUCGGACCGUAAGCAACGUGUUAUCAGCCGACUACAACUCCCUCUCCUACGGCAGAUCUCCCAAGGAGAUACUAAGAAUCAUGUAUGGCACAGGCAACGAGCAUGUUCCCGGCGGGUACUUCCCUAAGGGAGCAAAUGGAAGAAUAGCUAGAGAGCUUCUAACUAAGCCAUGACAGAAAUAUUUACAAACAUUUCCUAUACGGUUGAUAUUUAACUUAGGAAUAAGGCCGAAGUUUCUUCUGGAA